AUGAGAGAUCAUUUAAAGGACGUACAUGAUCUUUCGAAGGACCUCCUAGCUAAACUCAAUUUUAAAAGCGGACGCUUCCGAAGUCUCAAAACGAUCGAAGAGAAAUGGAAGCACGCCUUCAUCAUCUUAUUUCCGGAGGUACCGAAAGACGAUGUUCCAGCGCCAUUUGAAACUCCCAAAAACACCAAUAAAGAGGCGCUGCCUGCGCCUGUAGAUGAUAUCGAGUCUUCUCUUAAGGACGGCGGUACUAACCAAGUCCAACUCGAUAUCACUUCGCUGCUAGCUAGGAUCCAGAACCGGCUCUUCGAUCGUCUAAAUAUCUACACAAAUGUGCCGACCAGCCUCAAAAUGGACAUACUUGCGAAUUUUGAAACAGAUUUUGAUGACAUCGUUGCGACUCUUGCUGAAGAAGCGGCUCUUGGUACAGCCAAUGUUUGGAAAUCGAUGGCAUAUGGAGACGCCACCAACCCUUUCGAAGACUUGAACCUGGACUGGAGUUGCUUGGCCACCGACGGUCCUACUCCCGACUUGGAGUUUGCCGACAAUCAGUCCACAACACUCUUCAACGAACCGGUGUUGAGCGCCGACAGGGCGGAUGGAGAGCCAUGUAUAGACCGCCACACGGUUCACGGGCUGCCGGGCUUUCCACUGCUUGUGCCGCAUCCAAUGUUCGAAUCAAUGUACAACGAUGCUAAGUGGAAUGUUUCGCAGCCCGACCUGACCGACCUGUUGUCAUCUAUCAACGACGAGCUUCACUGGACUCACAUGUGUCAAAUCGCGCCGUCAAGUACCAUGUCUAAUUCUGCUACCGACGAGAAAAAGGUUCAGGACUUUGGGUACCAGCUUCCGACUCCACCUGUUACACCAAGCAGCUGCAGCAGCCCGGUCUGUGCAAAGAUAGUCCCUGAGUCCAUCCCUGGCGACGGCAGUUCGAUUUUUAUAUCACCUACAGACCAUAAGCGUAAUAUACCAUUGGAAGAAAUCUCUAUGCCCAUCAUGACGGACGACAAGGAGCAGGACGAGUUUGACAUUAGUGGUUUUCUACAUUGUCUUGAGGACGAGCAAUAUUAUUAUUUGAAUUCUUUUGAGUUGGAUCAAUGUUACAACAGGGACAUGUGA